CUAUCGAAAAAGUAUGGCAAGUGGGGCCGUGUACUCGGUACCGGCGCAGGUGGCACCGUUCGCCUCAUUCGUGCACGAACUAAAGCAGGAGGUGCCGUCUAUGCCGUCAAGCAAUUUCGCCCAAGACGUUCCGGUGAAUCCGAGCGUGAGUACGAGAACAAAGUCAGAGCUGAAUUCUGCGUUGGCGCCUGUUUAAAGCACAUCAACGUCAUCGAAACAGUCGACAUCGUCUGCGAUCAUGGCCAUUACUAUGAGGUCAUGGAGUACGCUCCCUACGACCUCUUCAGUGUCGUAAUGUCUGGCCGCAUGUUACGUCCAGAAAUAUUCUGCGUCUUUCGUCAGAUCUGCAACGGUGUCGCAUACCUUCACUCUCUAGGUCUAGCACAUAGAGAUCUAAAGCUCGAUAACUGCGUCAUGACACAGAGCGACGUCGUUAAACUCAUUGAUUUCGGAACCGCCGUCGUCUUUGCUUAUCCUGGAACCGGAACUUCCAACGGCUCGCUACCGGCUGCAGUUACAGGAUAUGUCAUUGGUAGCGAUCCGUACCUCGCGCCUGAAGUCCUGGGAGGCGGCUCCUAUGAUCCCCGAAAAACCGAUGUAUGGAGCGUGGGCGUCAUUUUUGUCUGUAUGGUCCUCCGCCGCUUCCCAUGGGCAGUCCCUGAUCGCGAACGUGACAACUCAUUCAAAGCAUUUAUCGAGGCCGAAGCUUCUUGCCCAGUGUCCGCACCCUAA